AUGCGUGGGCUCAGACAGCCGCUCUGGCUUCGCCAGCGCCGCGAACGCGCUGGAGCCCCGUCUGGGGUCGAGCUCGGGGCCAGCAGCCGCGUCGUCCGCCCGCCGCCCCCCCCGCCGGCGAUGUACGAAAGCCGCUCGGAGUGGCGGCUCUUCGGGCACGGCGGGCGCGACCGGCGGCGGCCGGACCGCGCGCGGUGGUCGCUCGCGGCCGCGGCGGCCGCGCAGCGGCCCCGCGCUGGCGCGGCGCCGCAGCCCCGGGCGCGGUCCGCCUCCGGGCCGCGGCGGGAGGAGGUGCCCGAGGGUGCGGCCGAGUGGGAGAUGCCAGUGUGCGACGCGCGGCGCGCGUCCGCUCGGACGUCGCUGCCACUGGAGCCGCCCGCGGUGCUGGCGAUGCCCUUCUGCGCGGGCGGCGCCAGCAGGGGCGGGUUCCGCAGGAGCGAGCGGGCCGCCGCAGUGCGUCUGCGGCACCGCGACAGCCGCGCUGGCGGCCAGGCGGCGCACAGGUGCACCUCCAUGCCGGCGUUGCCCGCGCGGCACGCGCACGCGGCGGCGAAGCAGGCGGUUAGGCCGUCGAGCCCGGUCCUGGUGCUCCCGGUGUGCGGCCAGGACGGGGCGAGUCCUGGCGAGCCUCCUUCGCCGCAGGAGGCCGCGGAGGCGAUCAAGUCCUGCCUCGCCACGGAGUCUGGCCUUCCGAGGCGAUGGAGCGACCAGAUGGGCACCCUGGGCAGAGGUAACGACCCGAAGUUUCCCGCUGGCUGGGCAUCGUGGCAAGAGGUUGGCGACAUGGAGCCGACGACAAUGAGCCGGAAGACCACUGGCUCCACGGCUGACACUCUGGUCACACCCGUUGCCACAGCACGCAGAGGGCAGCUGAGAGUGAUGACGAUGAGCCGGCAGGCGACCAGCGCCGACUCCACGACCGAGAGCUCGGGCACGCCCGUGGCAGCAGCCCGCCCUGGGCAGAUGCGCUCCACGCAGAGCUUGCCGACGCUCAGACCCUCGAGGCCAUCGUUGCCCGACGUCGCGAUGGAGAUCCACAAGUAUGCGAGGGAGAUGGCUGUCCCACUGGACGCCAUGCGGGCUGCCUUCAGCCUGUUCAAGGAUCACGCAGUGGUCCCAAGCGACGGCAACCUGCUGACGGACGGCAGCCUUACCAGGAGCAAGUUCGUGCCCCUCUUCAGGCAGAUGCUCGGCGAGGCUUCUGCCGCGUACGAUGCCGAUGAAGAGGAGAGCUUUCUAGACCAUGCCCUCAAGGCCGCCGACAAGAACAACGACGGAGUCUUGAGCUUCCAUGAGUUUGCCAUCUGGUACAGCAGCCAUUGUUUCGUGGAGGGCUUCCAUCUGGACGCCAAAGAGCAGGCGCUGCGCAAGCUCGCUCGCAAGCUUGGCGUCUCCGCUACCGAGAUCGACGUCUACAAGAGGCACUUCGACACAUUCGAUGCGGACGGCAGCGGCUCGAUAGACCGGGAGGAGUUCGAGGAGGUGCUGUACAAAUGCGGCAACGUGCCCAGGCACAUCGGUCUCCCAGCCAGCCGGAUCAACCAGCUAUGGAUGGCCGCAGACAUCGACGGCAGCGGGGAGAUCGACUUCGAGGCGAGGGGAGGCACGGGUGAGACGGUUACACGAUGGGCGUGGGCGUCGCCGAUGCCGCUCUGGGCCUCCCCCCUGGAGGAGUUCGUGAUCUUCUUCCGGAAGUAUUUCCAGAAGGCCUCGCGGGAGGGCGACCGCACCGGCUUCGAGCGGUACUACUCCACUGGGCUCGGCAGCUUGGUCUACACGUGGCGGUAGAGCGACAGCGGGCGGGCAGAGGUGGAGG